CCUUGUUGUUGUGUACUCUCCUUAUCUCUUCUCAGCCUGCUCCCUCGCUUUCACACCUCGUGGCCUGUUCUAUUACUGCAUUGCACAGAUAGACAGACGGACAGACAGACAAACAGAGCAAGUCCAGAUCGCCAUUGCAUUCCUCCUCUGCCUUUGAUUCGAAUCGAAUGGAUGAUCAAUCACUUGAUCCUCCUUGAUCGCCCUUGUUUCUUUUUCUUUCUCAUUCUCUCUCUCUCCCCCACACUUUCUUUCACUCUCCACGCUAUUACUCCGUGUCGGUCCUCCUCCGUCACAACACACACUCCUUGGUUUGCUGCUCUCGAACCUGUACCACAUUCAUCACAUACUCUCCCGUCCACGUUGCCUCGUCUUCUCGAGAGAGAGUGCUUGUUCAAUUGCACCUAUUUCUUAUUUCGCUCUCUCACUCAUUCAUUCACUUGCUCACUGGAAGCAAACAUCUCGAAAUCACUCCUUCCAUUCAAACCGAGCCUUCAUCCGCUCCACAGAAAAGGACGUUGAAAAGACACCAGAUACAAGAGUGAGAGUACUUCAACAAAGGGCAGGAG